GAGGGCGGACCGUGUGACGUCGAGCCGAGGCUCUGGCUGUUUAUUGUUCCUUCCUCAGCACGGACAGAGAGAAACGGGCUAACAGUCUGUCAGCCACUUUCUUUACACGGUUAACGGUCGAUUUUACGAAGGUGUAACGGGCUAGACAGCUAACUGCACAAACCAGGGGUCAUGGCGUAUGCGUACCUCUUCAAAUACAUCAUCAUCGGAGACACGGGUGUGGGAAAGUCAUGUCUAUUACUACAGUUCACAGACAAGAGGUUUCAGCCAGUUCACGACCUCACCAUUGGUGUGGAAUUCGGCGCGAGGAUGAUCACUAUAGAUGGCAAACAGAUCAAAUUGCAAAUCUGGGAUACGGCUGGUCAGGAGUCGUUCCGGUCCAUCACCAGGUCUUACUACAGAGGAGCGGCAGGAGCACUCCUAGUCUAUGACAUCACAAGAAGGGACACUUUCAACCACUUGACGACCUGGUUAGAGGAUGCCCGCCAACAUUCCAACUCCAAUAUGGUCAUCAUGCUCAUUGGCAACAAGAGUGACCUGGAGUCAAGGAGAGAGGUGAAGAAAGAGGAAGGUGAAGCAUUUGCCAGAGAACAUGGACUCAUAUUCAUGGAGACCUCAGCUAAGACUGCCUCUAAUGUAGAGGAGGCUUUCAUCAACACAGCCAAGGAGAUCUAUGAGAAGAUCCAGGAAGGAGUGUUUGAUAUCAACAAUGAGGCUAACGGUAUUAAGAUUGGACCCCAGCAUCCCACCACCAACUCCACACUGUCCAGUAACCAGGGAGGCCACCAGGCUGGAGGGGGCUGCUGCUGAAGCCCCAGAACGCGCCUCCUUAACCUCCAGCCUCGACCCUUCCUCCUCCUCGCCCGCUCCGACCCUCUUGCGUUUCUACAGAAAUGUCCAGGCUCUCUUAACAGUUUAACCUCUCUCUCUCUCUCUCUCUCUCUCUCUCUCUCUCUCUCUCUCUCUCUCCUGCUGCAUUUUUUCUCUGCAUCUCAUCUCCCCCGAGUCUCUUAACCAUUUUCAUGAGGUCUAGGAGCUGCACCCCAACCAGUCAUCCUGCAGGUUUACGAGGACAGAGUCCGCCUCACCUGCAGAUGUGCCCACCUAAUUUGUAGUUUUUCCUCAGUAGAUUUUGGUUAGACUUUAAGCUUUUAUUUAAAAUUCAACACGCAAACCUGUCGGAGUGUUAUUCCAGCAGUUCCUCUGAAUUCUUUUGGGUGUUGUUGGGAUGAUUCAGUGCCGCAGAAUCGCAAAGCUCUGCGGUAACUCGACUUUGUCAAGAUGGUGACAUGACCGAGGGUAGACGUGAAACACUCUUAACUGGCUGGUUAUAUGGAAUAAAGCGGGCGCUGUGUUUUGUCUAUACACACAUCUGUACAUGUUUUUAAAGACCGUGUUGAUAGCAGGACAUGUUUCAACACGCUGAGUCAGUUUUCAUGCUGUGCCUGUGUGUAUAGGGAUGAUACAAGUAUUCCACUGUCAGUCUGUGAGGUGGGGGAGGCUCCAAGUCAUUCUGUAUAUUGUCCAUAAAAAAAAAUGUGCAAAUCAUGUCCUUUUUGUCCUUCCUUUUCCCUGCUUUUUGUCCUUGUUCUCUCUCUGUCCUUGUGCCCUUUUUGUUCAUUUGCAGAUGAUUUGUAUUACUGAACACUAAAAACUGCUUACAGAGUGUUUUAAACCACAUGGAGAGAGAAUAAAAGACCAAACUGUUGAGCGUGAACACGGAUUCUUUGGGAGAGAUGUAAAAAAAGAAAAACAGGAAAGUUGAAACGAUAAAGGGAUGUCGAGAGCAGUGGUUACCAUGAUGAAGUUUAAAAAAAAAAAAAGGAAAAAUGAAUUGGUAAUUUAGGAUUUAGGGGUUUUUUUGUUGGUUUUUUUUUAUUAUUUUUCUAUAUUUAUCAGGCGCUUUUUUGUGUAUAUAUAGAUCUUUAGAUUUCUGUGGCUUUUUUUGAGCUGAAGCUUGGCAUGUUGUUGUGGUCUAGUUAUUUAUACACCAUGGGAUGGAAUAAGAGAGCCUUCAAACAGCUUUCUAGCGUUUUAAACAAUUCUCAUUUAAACCCAAAGGUACCGAGCCGCCCUGUUAUAUUAGGGUCGACGGUGUCCUUUCUUUUAAAUGACAAGUAUGAAUGAUAACAAGCUGUUAACAGGGGUGCGCAGAGGCAUUCACAGUCCCUGGUGGAGAACGGGCUCCAGCUGAAAAUGUCAAAGUGAGCUAAUAUUUCCACGCAGAGUUAGCCUGCAGAUAUAUAAUGUAUACUGUUUAGAGCUUGAUCGAUGGCUGCUGCAAUGUUUUUUUUUGUUUGUUUGUUUGUUUGUUUUUUUGGCUUCAAGAUCCCCGAUGGAAUGGCACCGUUUUACUGUUAUGAUCAUAUUGUACUGCUUCAGUCGUUCACGCCUUUCUCAAACUAUUUGGUAACAAUAGCACUCUACCAGUUUUUAAUGCCAAAUGAUCGUGUUUACCUGUGUUUCUCAUCAAACAAAGGAUGAAGAAAAAAUAAAUCUGACCCGAAAUCAGCUGUCUGCCUUAACUCCACCCCCCUGAGACAUUUGGACAGCUGCUAAAAAGAGCAACCCUUUUAUCUGCAGAUAGGCAUUUGACCACUAAUUAGCUAGAGUCACAUACACAGUGAGAGAGACGUGCACGUUUAGAGACCGUGAUAUGACUUGGAGAGAAGCCCAGUUUGAAUCGGGGCAUUUAAAAUGAAUCUAAACCCACAUUUAGGUUUUUGUUUUUCUUCUUCGCAUCUCAUCCACCCUGCACACACACCCACCCACACGCGCACACAAAUUCAUAUGUAUGCAAAGGUAGAUGGUGCAUACAUAUAUCCCCAUCUAUCUAACCUAGCUGUGUUUGCGCUCCUGGCUAACCGUACAACUGUUUUGGGUUUCACGGAAGUGUGAGUGAAUCUGUGUUCUUAUUUUACUUUCUUUUUUAAAAUACUAGAUAUAUUCAGACAGUUAUUAAUCUUCUUCUGAUGAUGAUGAAUAUUCUUUGUAAAGCAACAUGUAGUGUGUGUGUGUGUGUGUGUGUGUGUGUGUGGACCCAGAGGGGUUACAGGGGGAGGAUCAAGCCAAACCUACCUGAUGCGUCUAUCUACCUACUUACCUAUCUAUCUAUUAAUGGAUUGAUCUAUCUAUCUUAUCUGUGUGGCCCUCCUCUCACUCUUUCCUCUUCUACCUGCCUCUCCUCCUCUUCCCCCUCAACGUUAUUUGCUGUGUUUGUUCUUUGGAAAAAAGAAAACCUUGAAAAAAAGAAGAAAAAAAAAGAAAAUGCUAUCACCAUAAACUAUAAUAAAACAUUCUAAACUCUAAA